GCCUAGGGGCAGGGCCCCCACUGCCCCCCGCCCCUUCCCACGCUUCGGCCCGUCGCCCCCAGCGCGCGCGCACGCGCGCGUGUGCACACACACGCGAGCCCAGGCAGCAUGCAAAUGAGCCGGCUCCAGUACCCAGACUCAAGCUCCCCACUGCUCAAUGGACAACCCCAGCUCAGACCCGUUGCCUUCAACUUUGUCUGGGGAGGAAGAAAAACCUCUGGUCUUACUUCCUCCUGUUCCCCGGGGCCGCCGAGGCCGACCUCCAGGGGGAGCCACCACGUCCAAUCGGACUCUCAAGUCCUCCCUCCCUCGAAAGCGGGGCCGCCCCCCCAAAUCAGUGCAGGAAGCCCCGUUGCCAGCACCAGUGGACAGCGGUGGCAGCAGCGAUCUUCUGUUGAUCGACGAUCAGGGCGUUCCUUACACGGUUCCCGAAGGGUCAGCCGAUGGGCCCCAGGGCUCCGGCCCCAAGAGGGCCCCACACUUCUGCCCUGUGUGCCUGAGAGCCUUCCCCUACCUCUCCGACCUGGAGCGCCACAGCAUCUCACAUUCAGAAUUGAAGCCACACGUGUGCAAAGAUUGCGGCAAGACCUUCAAGCGGUCCAGCCACUUGCGGCGUCAUUGCAACAUCCAUGCUGGCCUUAGGCCCUUCCGUUGCGUGCUCUGCCCUCGCCGCUUCCGAGAGGCAGGGGAGCUUGCACAUCACCACCGCAUCCACUCUGGGGAGCGACCAUACCAAUGCCCCUCGUGCAGGGUGCGCUUCACCGAGGCCAAUACCCUCCGGCGCCAUUACAAACGCAAACACCCAGAGCUUGUGGGAAUGCCCGUGCGCCUGUGCCCCCCAAACCCAAGGCCCCAACCUCUGUGGGAUGACGAUGACGAGGGCACCCCUGUUCCAGAAGGGGUACGGGAGGAGAGUCCUGAAGGAAAGGAGCCUGCUUGGCCCAUGUCGUCCACCACUUCUCCCGUGUCUGGGUUUACAGCAGAGGGUUCAGCUGGCGCUGGACAUGGCCAAGGAGCCCAAGACACCCUUAUUUCUGGUGGUAUUCCCGUCGUGGAAGGGAGUCGAAAGCAGGGACCUAAAUCUCUGGGUCCUGAGGCCAUCUAUCACCCUCCUGCAGACUGACAGGCUCUGGGAGGCAUGGGCUGUGGAAAUAAACCCCCUGCCUACUGACUUCCAGUGUGUGUUCAGUCAUGGUGCCUGCCCCUUUCAGUGUUCCUUAGUACCUAGCCUGGCGGCGGUGUGUGUGUGACUGGAGAGAACCCCGUUUUGUCUCCUUGGCAUGGUGCCAAGGAACCAAUGGCUUGGA